CGCGGCCUCUGCUAGUCGGCUGGCUGACGGCCAUUCGGUGACGGAGCGCGGCAGUGUGUGCAAGGGGGCAGCCGUGCGGCGACGCUAGCGUACGGCCGGCAUCAUGGAGGGCUCGAAACGCAACAUCCCCGUCAAGAUGGGCGACUUCAGCAUCAUCGACACGGAGUUCAGCAGCAUCCGCGAACGCUUCGACGCGGAGAUGCGCAAGAUGGAGGAUGAGAUGAACAAGUUCCGCUCUGAGCUCAUCAGUCGGGAGAUGCCGGUGGCCCAGAGCUCUAUCACGUCCAGGACGCGGACGUCCGAGUACCACCGGUCGGUGGACGGUAAGGAGGAGGAGAGGCAGCGCGAGACGUCCGAGUUGUUCUCGCGCAGCUCGCGCGCCGAGCCGGCCGCGGUGCCGCGACCGGCGCCGGCGCGGGCCCCGACCGAGGCCAACCGGGCCCCGACCGAGGCCAACCGGGCCGCGACCGAGGCCGGCCGGGCCCCGACCGAGGCCGGCCGGGCCGCGCCAGCGCGAGUCACCACAGAGGUCACCGUCAAACACACCUCCUCCACUAAAGAGGCUCCGAACAAAGCGGGCUCAGGGAUACGUCGCAGCUCGAGCUCCACCACCCAGAAUUCAUCCGGUUUUCCGGGCACCUGCCUGGCGCCGCGGUCGGACCCCACCACCUGGCUGGACAGCCUCAACUCGCCCCUCAUUCAGGACGAAGGAGACCAGAAGCAGCUGAAACUCCGAUUUGACGUGAGCCAGUACAAGCCGGAGGAGAUCGUCGUCAAAACGGUCGACAACAAACUCCUGGUUCACGCCAAGCACGAGGAGAAGACGGACGGCCGCAGCGUGUAUCGCGAGUACAACCGCGAGUUCCUGCUGCCCCAGGGCUCCAACCCGGAGAUGAUCAAGUCAUCGCUCUCCAAAGACGGCAUCCUGACAGUGGAGGCGCCGCUGCCGGCGCUCGAGGGCAGCGGCGGCCACAUCCCGAUCGCCCACCAUUAGACGGGCCACCGGGCGCCGCUGCUGCCACCUGUCGAGAGCCGCGCGCACUGCCGUGGUGCUGCCGCGUCCUGCGCAGCCGCCCUGUCGCCACGCUGAAUUUCCCCUGCCCCCGCCGACUGCCGAAGGUGGUCGGCGCCGCCGUCCGCAGCUGACGUCACCGCAGGACGGCCGGGAGCGACGGCCCUGUCACGUGACGUCGGGGGGUCGGGUUCGGCUGCCGGCAACGCCCCGCCCUUGCACUGGACGCCGUACCGACCGAUGGAUGUGUCUCACUACUGAGUCCCUCGCGCCUGGCUUUGAACGGCUAAAUCCGGAUUUUCGUCGUAGCACAAUGUGAUAGCGACACGUGUACGUUUAAUAAUUUAUUAAAAGAAAGCGAUGCCGUUUUGCUCUGGUUCCUGAAGAUAUUACAUUAUAUCAAGGGUGUGAACAAUGUUCAAAUGCUGGCAAAAUAUAAUUCACUCCUUUCCUG